UCUGGUACAAAGGGCUGAAGACUAGCGACACCCGCUGGCAGGUUUGAUACUGAAGUAAUGGCGGAGUACAGACAUAAGAGAAGGGACUGCUCCGACGACGACGGAGCAGGGCCGCAGGAGGAGGAAGGCAGAGUCAAAACUAAGCCUGUCUCUUGUAGUACUGUGGGAGGAGAAGGGACCGCAGGCAAACGUACAUCCCAGCAUCUCACACCUGAAGAUGAAGACGAGUCCUUGACAGAUCCACCAGCGCCCUGCAAAGUCCUCAAAACAGGCUUUAGCAUGAGCGGUCAGAUGGGGAAGAAGUCGAAUCCCAUAUCUAUCAAACUUGGAGCAACAAAACCCAAAGAACCUGUACCAUCACUUCCUCCAAAAAAGGCAGGGCUGGCAUCUGUUUUUAAUGAGGAUGACGAUAGUGAACCUGAGGAGAUGCCCCCAGAAGCAAAGAUGAGGAUGAAGAACAUUGGCAGGGAGACACCAACAUCUGCGGGACCCAAUUCCUUCAACAAGGGCAAGCAGGGCUUCUCUGAUCAUCAAAAACUUUGGGAGAGGAAGCUGAAGGCCCAAUCAGACAAAAAGUAAAUGCCUACCACAGCAUUUGUCACUAAUGGAUAAUUUUGUACAGGUUAAACCAUGUCAGAUUUCUUGAAGGCUCAAAUGAUUCCUCACUGUAGCCUCAGUUUUUAUGACCUCAGCUUUGUGGACAUUCAUUAAAGAAUACUUUAAGCCUUUUAGGAUACUUCUAUAGUACUCUGACAUUUAGGCUUCUCACCACUACCGUCUGACGAUAGCUACAGUAGGAGAAGAGGGUACCAAGUGAGAUGUGGUGAAUGUGGCAGUGAAGAGAUGGGAAAAGCAAAUAAGCCAGAAUAUUGUUUAAACUGCAUCACAUUUGCUACGGUUGCCUUCUGCUGGCUAAUGAGAAAAUAUAGCAUUACAGAGCCUUCAUUCCCCUAUUGUGACAUGGUUGCACCUAUCUGAAGCUGGUGAGGUGUGGUCCCAAGAAAGCUCUCACUGUUGCUUGUCUAAUAUUUAUGUAAAAGUGUACAUACAAGUGUGAUGUUUUAUUUUUAAAUCCACAAA